CGCUUAUUAAUUGAGUGCACACACAUGCACACAUCCGAAAUGUUUUAAGAAAAAAACAAGAGAAAAAUGCUCUAAAGCCAUCGUUAACUCAACCAUGGUAAAGGCUGUGGUUACUCUCCUGCAAAUUUUGGCUGGAAAAGUACGCGAACUGACUUAAAUCGACAUGUUAUCGGUUUCCUUUGCUUAAUUAUCAGCGAACGAUUAAACGAUUACAAAUCUAAAUCGAUUUUCCAACACGUGAAUUUAGCAAAAGUAAAUAAUAGUAAUUUUUAAAAUUAUAACAAAUUUCCAAAAAAAAACCAAAAAUGAAAAUGAAGCAAAAGAAACCCGUUAAACCUGAAAGCGACAGCGAUUCUAGUUUAGAUGAAGAAGUCGAUAAAAAAGCAGAUGCGGAUAUGGAUACCGACUCUGAUAGUGAGCAAGAUGUUAGUGGCAACAAUGAAGAGCUAUUAGAAACGGAUAGCUCUGAUGAUGACGAUGAAAUUAAUGACAGUGAAGCUACGACUAGCAAGAAAUUCAAGCAAGAAAAAACUCAUAAGAGAGACGGCGAAAGUGCCGACGAUGAAUCAAAUCCUGAAAGCGAGAACGAAGGAGAUGAAGAUGAAGGUGACAGUGAAAAUGACAAAGAAGCUAACGUUAGAAUGCCUGUCUUAAACCCUUUGAGUUUAAUGCGCAACAAAGAACAACGUAUGGCCCUUUUUCGUAAAAUGAAAAAAGAGAAGCACAAGAAAAAGAUGCAGGAACGUCGAGCAAGGCGAAAGGCUGGGCUACCUGCGAACCCAGGACACACUAUUGAAAGCCUUAGAGAGAAAGAUCAAACUACGGUUACCAAUCUUGAUGAUUCCGACAAUGAAGAAUUGCGCAAAGAACUGGAAUUGGAUGAUUUUAGUACAUAUUUUGAACGUACAUACGAGCCGAAAGUCCUCAUAACAUUUGCCGACAACCCAGUAACGAAAACUCGCAAGUUCGGUUUGGAAUUGGGACGCAUAUUUCCCAACGCUUUAGUGAAGAUACGUAAUAAGUCUUCAGUCAAAAAUAUUUGUAAGUCAGCUAUUCGCGAGGAGUACACCGAUGUUGUCAUUAUCAACGAAGAUAGGCGCCAACCAAAUGGGUUAUUGGUCAUUCAUCUACCAAACGGUCCAACGGCUCACUUUAAGCUGUCAAAUGUAAAGCUUACCUCAGACAUGAAACGUGAUCAUAAAGAGAUAACUAAACACCGUCCUGAAGUCAUAUUGAAUAAUUUCACCACCCGCCUGGGCCUGACAGUGGGCCGCAUGUUGGGUGCACUCUUUCAUCAUGAUCCCGAAUUCAGAGGACGUCGUGCAGUUACUUUUCACAAUCAACGUGAUUACAUAUUUUUCCGACAUCAUCGCUACGAAUUUACUAAAGAGGGAAAACGUGUCAAGUUGCGUGAAUUGGGGCCACGGUUUACAUUGAAAUUGCGAUCAUUGCAAGAAGGUACGUUUGAUAGUAAAACGGGAGACUACGCAUGGAUUAUAACUAACAAGAGACAUGCCAUGGAAGCAUCGAGACGUCGUUUCCAUUUAUAAAUGUACAAUAGAUAUUGUAGAUUAGUUUAAACAAAAUUUAACUUGUAUACUUUUGAUUUUAUAAAAAUAAAGUAAUUAAAAACAA